CGAACCAGAAACGGGUUGAGUUGGAUUAGAAGAGGGUCGGUCGGGUCCGAUCGAACCGGGACCCUCGGAUCUGCAUCAAACUCCGUGUAAAGCACAAAUCUUGAUGUAAUUUCUGGUCUUAUGCGGAUCCAAGGGUCCUCGGUCCGAUAACCGUCGGAUCUUGAUUCCUAAUUUGCGACUGGUCCAGUGCCGACUCCACCCACUCUUGCCGUUUUCUUGGCUCGUCGAAGGCCGGAGGUUUCUGCAACAAAAAAAAGAAAAAGGGGGGGCGGAAGCCAUGGAGAAGAUGAGGGGAGCACUGGAAAAGGCGAAGAUGCUCGUUGGCAUGGAGGUCGACGAGGAGGCCUCCCCCCAGCAGGAGCCUUCCUUCUUCGACGACUUCAAUCGCGACUGCACCCUCUCCACCCAGCAGAGAUUAUAUGGCUUCGCUACAUGUUUGGUCGCAGGUUUAGCCUGUACUUUCCUGUCAAUGCUUGUUUUCUUCAGGCCAAUCAAAUUUGCGAUAACAUUCACUUUUGGGAAUUUGCUUGCACUUGGAAGCACAGCAUUUCUUAUAGGCCCCAAACGACAAGUUGACAUGAUGCUUGAUCCUGUUCGUAUAUAUGCAACUGCUUUAUACAUUGCAAGUAUGAUAGUAGCUUUGUUUUGUGCUCUUUACGUGCACAGUAGACUCUUGACACUUCUGGCUAUAAUUUUAGAGUUUGGUGCUCUGGUAUGGUACAGUCUCAGUUACAUUCCAUUUGCACGCUCAAUUGUUUCCAAAAUUAUGGCAUCGUGCUUCGACACCGAGUUUUAAGCUUGACUUCACCAAAUGCUGAAAGAGCAGGCACCUUGCUCACGGGUUACCUGAUAGCUGAAGUUUGUGCUCAAACACACAGCAGCAGGCUCUUGUUGUAAUUCUGAACAUGAACAACAUGUGCAGCUGACGUCGAAAAUUGGGCUUUGCCCUGAUUGCGUAUUGUCUAUUCUUACAUCAUUCUGUCAAUGUGGCAUUCAAAAAGUGAAGUACAGGUUAGGGUUCGGCAUGGUUUGAGGCAUUGGAUGACUGUGUCGAUCACAUCUAUAUGUUGUCAUGCAAAGACACUGUGGUCUGAUGGGUAAUUUGGCAAUGUAAUCCAGAUGUGGUUUAUUUGUUGGUUUUAUUUUACUUUUGUCGUUGGAUCAAGUUGUUUAGAUAGAACUGCUCCAUAGCAUUGUGCAGCUUCUUUGUUAGAGAAGGGAGCUAGUAUUUCUUUUAUUUUCUUUUUCACCUUUGAUACAAAAAAGCAUGAUGCCUAUUGUGUAAAUGUGAGAUAGCACAUUAAAUUCUUAAUUUGCGAAGUUUGUUCUCAUGCA